AUUUCCAUGGCAACCACAGUGGUAAACAGUAGCUAGGCAGUUUGCUGUGCAAAAGACAAAAAGCCCACAGCUAUCAGUUUGACAAUGGAGACAAUAUCUCUCGAUAAACCAGCUUUACAAGCAGUGGAUGACUACUUGGAGUACAGAAGGAUUGUGGGUGAUGAUGACGGAGGAAAACUGUUCACUCCAGAGGAAUAUGAGGAAUACAAGAGGAGGGUGUUACCUCAACGACUGAAAAACAGGCUGUAUGUCAGCUUUGGGGUUCCAGGAGGUAUCGACUGCAAACUCAUUGGUCCUGAGACAGAGUGCUUCUGUACACAUAGGUACAAGCAGCAUAAGACCGAUUUCGAAGUGGUUCCCUCUGAGCGACCCCUGGCCCUACCAUGCAAGGUCAGAGGAUGUCAUUGCUCUGCCUACCAGUAUGUUCCCCGGAUUGGACUACACACUGUCCGCUGCAGGUGUAAACACCUUCAUCAGGACCACAGUGAAGCUACUGGCCACUUGUGCAAAAAAUGCAGUUCCUGUUCUGGGUUCAAGAGCCCCCUCACCUGUGGGUGUGGCCAGCCCAGCUAUGCCCAUCAGACCCUGGUUGAGACCAAACUAGAGAGGGAGGCACGGGGUCGGCCCACAGGCAGGGAUGUCCCUUAUGCUGCCAUGGGCGGGCUGACGGGGUUCAGCUCCUUGUCGGAUGGUUACCUCGCUUUGCAAGCCAGCGGCUCAGAUCAAGACAGAGAAGAUGGCUGCCAGCAGAGACGCUCUGCAUCAGGGAUCAAAGACACGUCUACUAAAGCAUCUAGCUCUGUUCACUGUGAGAGAGAGACCAACAAAGAGUGAAAUGCAACAGUCCAAAUGUCAAACCGUCCACUAAAUACUGGACAAUAUUUACCAUAACAAAUAAAUCAUAUUCUCAUCUGUAACAUUUAAUGUUGUCCAAA